AUGCAUACCAAAAUCCUCAAAAACGGAACGGUGCUCGCCUUUGACGAUGCUUCAGCGACCAUCAAGGUCCUUCCACAGGCAGACGUCAUCAUUCAAGGCGACCGCAUCGCUGCCAUUCUCGAGCCGCACCAGGAGGCAGAUGCUGGCGUGUUAUCCAAUGCCGAUGUCGUUGAUGUGAGCGGCCACAUCAUCUCUCCGGGCUUCGUCAACACUCAUGCUCAUACUUGGCAAACAGCAUAUCGCACUCUCGGCCCUGAUACCACUUUGGCAGAGUAUUUUGGAUGGGUGUCGCAAAUGUCGCCCAAGAUUGGGGAAUGGACCGCUGAAGACAUCUACGUCAGUACUCUAGAAGGGUACCUUGAAGGCAUCAACGCCGGAGUGACUAGCUACGUCGAGCAUGCACACUGUAACUGGGGAGAGUCGGCGAUGAAAGCUGCCUUUAAAGGUGCUGUGGACAGUGGAGUUAGAGUCUGGUGGUGCUAUCAUCCCCUGCCACGAGAGGACUUUGACGUUAUCAAGCAAAUCGACAUUCUCCGCGAACUCAAGGCACAAUCAUCACAGACGAAUGAUCUGAUUCGUAUGGGACUCGCUGUCGACGGAUUGGAUCAUAUGUCAGAUGGCCAGAUUCAGCAGACGAGGCAAGUUGUGGUUGACCUGGAGGCGGAGGUAUUGACUUCUCAUUAUCUCGGGAAACCGUGGCCGUUUGCAAUUGGCUUACCUGAAAUCGCGGCAAAGCACGAAUUCCACAAGCUCCGUGCCCCAUUCAUCUAUUCGCAUGCAGGGUUCCUGACGGAGAAAGACCAGGAGUUACUCCGUUUGCACGACCAAUACGUGUCGAUCACGCCCGAGUCAGAAAUGCAUUAUGGUCAUGGCCAGGACACAAGUCGCCUGAUUCACGAUCAAGCAUCGAUCGGCAUCGACACGAACUGGACUUUUUCCAAUGAUAUACUUCUCCAGGCUCGACUGUGGUUGCAAAACAUGCGAGGCCAUAUCUCAACCGACAUCUUGAAGCGAGGCAACAUCCCAAAGCAGAAUCCCAUGUCUGUCGUGGAGGGAUUCUUGCUCGCCACCCGGAACGGCGGCCGCUCAUUGCGCCGUGACGACGUCGGAGUCUUGCGGGUAGGAGCCAAAGCGGACAUUGUCUGUUUUGAUGGGAAUUCUGUAAACAUGCUGGGAUGGACAGAUCCUGUUGCGGCUGUCCUGCUUCACUCCAACAUUGGGGACAUCAAGCAUGUUAUGAUCGGUGGGCAAUUUCGGAAGAAAGACGGACAGAUGAUCUUGAAGAUUGGGGAUUGGGACGACAUCUCGGAGCGGUUCAAGCAGACAUCCCAGCGGAUUCAGGAGGUCUUUCGUGAACCACCACCUCUCCCUUCGCAGAUCUGGGACAAAUACACCUUCGAGGACGUGAAGGUGGGUACCGCUAAGUUGACCAGAUGA